AAAGAAUCUUCAAGAGGGAGACAUAGAGACAAGGAAGACAUAAAAAUUGUUAAGGAGAGAACUCCAGAAAGUGAAGAAGAAAAUGUAGAGUGGGAAACGAACAGAGAUGACUCUGACAAUGGAGAUAUUAAUUAUGAUUAUGUUCAUGAGUUAUCACUGGAAAUGAAACGUCAGAAAAUACAGAGAGAAUUAAUGAAGUUGGAACAAGAAAACAUGGAUAAGAGAGAAGAAAUUAUCAUUCAAAAGGAGGUUUCCCCAGAAGUGGUUAGAGCAAAGUUGUCUCCAUCACCCUCUCUGAGAAAGUCCAGUAAAUCACCAAAGCGAAAGUCCAGCCCUAAGACAUCUUCAGCUGGCAAGAAAGAGCGGAAGGCUGCGGUGGUGGCUUCUCCACUGUUGGACCAGCAGAGGAAUUCAAAAAGCAACCAAAGUAAAAAGAAAGGGCCACGGACUCCCAGUCCACCUCCUCCUAUACUAGAAGACAUCAUUCUGGGGAAAAAAUACAAAGAAAAGUAUAAAGUGAAAGACAGGAUAGAAGAAAAACCAAGAGAUGGAAAGGACAGAGGACGGGAAUUUGAAAGGCAAAGAGAAAAAAGAGAUAAGCCAAGGUCCUCCUCUCCAGGACAGCACCAUUCUCCUCUGUCUUCUAGACAUCAUUCUUCAUCCUCACAGUCAGGAUCAUCUAUUCAGAGACAUUCUCCUUCUCCUCGUCGGAAAAGAACUCCUUCCCCAUCCUACCAGCGGACUUUAACUCCAUCUUUACGACGCUCUGCCUCUCCUUAUCCAACGCAUUGUUUAUCUUCUCCUCAGAGAAAGCAAAGUCCUCCAAGACAUCGCUCUCCAAUGCGAGAGAAAGGGAGGCAUGAUCAUGAGCGGACUUCACAAUCACAUGAUCGGCGUCAUGAAAGGAGGGAAGAAACUCGAGGCAAAAGGGAUAGAGAAAAGGAUACCAGAGAAGAGCGAGAGUCUGAACACGACCACAGGGAUGACAGAGAACUGCGAGACAGCCGGGACCGGAGAGACACUAGAGACCGCAGGGAACUGAGAGACUCCAGAGACAUCCGCGACUCCAGAGAGAUGAGGGAUUAUAGCAGAGAUACCAAGGAGAGCCGUGACCUCAGAGAUUCUCGAUCUGCUCGGGAUGUCCAUGACUACAGGGAACGAGAUGCUCGGGACGCUCGGGAUGUGCGGGACGCUCGGGAUGUGCGGGACACUCGAGAUGUUCGGGAUGCUCGGGAUACCCGAGAUGUUCGAGAUUCCCGGGAUGUUCGCGAUGCCAGGGAUGUCCGCGACGCCCGGGAUGUCCGCGAUGUUCGUGAUGUGCGUGAUGCUCGUGAUGGUCAUCGGAAGGAGGAUGUGUACCAGGAAGAAACGCGCAGUUAUGGCAGAAACCACCUGAGAGAAGAGAGUUCUCGAGUUGAGCUAAGGAAUGACUCUAGAAGCGAGUCUCGAAGUGAAAUCAGAAAUGACCGGAUGGGCAGAAGUAGGGGUAGAGGUCCAGAGCUGCCUGAAAAGGGAAGUCGAGGAACAAGAGGUUCCCAAAUGGAUAGCCACAGUAGUAGCAGCAACUACCACGACAGCUGGGAAACUCGAAGUAGCUAUCCUGAAAGAGACAGAUACCCUGAGAGAGACACUCGAGAUCAAGCAAGGGACUCUUCCUUUGAGAGAAGGCAUGGAGAAAGAGACCGUCGGGACAACAGAGAGCGAGCUUCUAUGUUCUACACCUCCUGCUGCCCCUAUCCUUUGCCAUCAAUGUUCUCAGAUCCUGCUGGGGGUACAGAGAAGAUAAGAGAUCAAAGACCAAGCUCACCUAUUCGACAUCAGGGAAGGAGUGAGGAGCUUGAGCGUGAUGAAAGAAGAGAGGAACGAAGAAUAGACAGAGUGGAUGAGAGAAGAGAUGAAAGGAUUAGAGACAGAGACAGGGAUCGAGAGCGAGAAAGGGAGCGGGAGAGAGAGCGGGAACGAGAUCGGGAGCGAGAAAAGGAAAGAGAAAGAGAACUAGAGAGAGAGAGAGCUAGAGAGCGGGAGAGAGAGAAAGAGAGGGAGAGGGAGCGAGAACGAGAGAGAGAUCAGAGAGAACGUGACCAUGAUCGAGAGCGAGAAAGAGAGAGGGAACGUGAGCGGGAGAGAGAAAAAGAAAGGGAGCGAGAGCGAGAAGAGAGGGAGAGGGAGAGAGAACGGGAAAGGGAGCGUGAGAGAGAACGGGAGCGUGAGAGAGAGCGGGAGCGGGAGCGAGAAAGGGCCAGAGAAAGAGAAAAAGAACGAGAGCGGCAAAGAGAGUGGGAAGAUAAAGACAAAGGACGUGAUGACCGAAGGGAGAAGCGCGAGGAUGUCCGAGAGGACAGGAACCCCAGAGACAACCACGAGGAGAGGAAGUCCAA